AUGGGCAAAGCUCGCCGCCUCAGGCAGAAGCAAAAGCGGGCCGAAGCGGCCGCACCUCAACGUCUCUUCCGUACCAGCGACCAAGCGUUUGGGGGUGUCGACCAGGAAGACAACAAUAACUUCUUGGAUUUCGUUGUAGCCGAAAGACCGAGGUACAUACCCGGUUCAGGCCCCCCUCUUGCACCGAUCUCCAUCAUGCCGGCUCAUACCACCAACAAGACCGGUAUCAUUAUAUACCACUUUCAGCAUGAAUUCCACCCCCGCUAUGUGGUCAGCUACGUCGACAAGCCGCAACUUCGCAUUAGCGUCGCCCCCGAGAAUAUUCUGAACUGGGUAUCUGCCAAAACCUUUGAGGAGUAUGAGUGGAAGCGUAGCCAGGAGCUAGAUCGAAGCAAACCUAGGAGCAAGCAUGAUCCAGCCCAGCAAGAUUUUGCGCCGCGUGAUGAUGGGGAACCAAAGCAGAAGGGGAAACCGGGUAGGAAGCGCAAGCAUGAGAUCGAUGAUGAGCCCAAUGUCACGGGAAACACUGGUACUUCCAAGGGCUUGAUGAGACAAUCCUCUCGCGCUGGCCCACGGAAGCCGAUCGAUCAAAACGAACCCGCUCUCACCUCGCCUCAAAGACCUACUCUGACUUCGCAUUCCGCGCAGCGUGGUCUGGCUGACAUGGCUGACUCCGAGGAAAGCAGCGAUGACGAAGAUGACGAAGUCUCUACGGAUGUUGCUAUUGAGGCUCAGCUUCACCAUACCAUGGCGCCGCGCUCACGAUCUCGCCUUGGUCAGGGGGUUUCUGUGUCUACAAGUCUAUCUCCAGAGCCUAAUGAAGCGAACAAAACCCGACGUCAAACUCAAACUCCAAAGCAACUAAUACCCUCCCGGGACACGUCAAGACAAACUGGAGGAUCUGUCAGCCGAAGCGGCUCUGUGUCUACCGGUAACGAGGCCAAGCGUCAACGUCGCUCAAGUCGCCAGGACUCCUUCGCCACCACCUCCAGCCGUGAGGCACGCCGUGUAUACGAUGAUCUGGAGCGCCGUAAAAGCCAAACUUCAAAGUCUACAAUUGUUUCGAGAUACUCAACUCUGAACCAAAAAGUCGAGCCAGAACCCGAGCCAGAACCCGAGCCUGAGUCAGGCGGGGAAGAGUACGAAGUUGAGGAGAUAUUGGGCGAUGAGAUAAUCCAUACUGGCAGCAAAAACAAGCGAGUCGUCUUCUACCAUAUUAAAUGGGUUGGCUUUCCUGAUAUCACCAUGGAGCCCUAUUACAACGUCGGUGAUGAGGCCGUUGCUAAUUACAAGAAGAAGAAGCGCCUUGGUACUCUGAGCAAGAAGGGUUACAAAGUCGUCAGAGCUGACGGAACAAUUAAAGUUGUUGGUGAUGGUGGCGAAAAGAGUGAUUCGGAGCCGCUUUUCGCGGGAGGCAAGAGGAGCAUGAGAGACUCCCCGGCUGGUCAGGUUGUCGAUGAUGAGGACGAUGAGGACGAUAAUGACUCUUGA